AUGAUUCUUAGCAAGAAAGCGAAGCUGGCUGAGGCCGAUGAAAGUAUGGACGAACUCCCAAGUAGUCUUCCUUCAGUGCCUGCAGUGAAGCUCACAAAAACGAAGAAACGAAACUUGAGGAAGAAGGAGGUCAAACAGCUAAAAAAGGCGGAAAAGGCAAGCCGACCUCAGAAGCCAGCUCUCGAGCCUCGAUUGCCGGCUACCAUAAUCCCGCCGAAACCUGCAGAUCGAGGAAAGUUUUCCGAUGCCGAUGCCCUCCUUACCGAAAUUAAACGUCGCCUCGGUAAGUAA